GUUCUCCUCCGACGCGAUAACACCGCACGCUGCACUAACCAAAAUACAAUCGCGUGCAGAGAAAACUUCAUAAAAUAUAUCAAAUCGCGAAAAUAACAAAUGGGCAUCAACAGUGAAACCUAAACCCGUGAUGAUACACAGUGUUCUGUGAGUUUGACUUCAGUUUGUGUUUCGCAUUCCGAGUUUCACGCCGAGAAAAGAAAGGACCGCAGUGACAGUUUUGUGUGAGUUUUCUCGAGGGAUUUUCUCGCCGUCUGGACUAGGCCGCUCCAGUAUGGAGGGCUACUUCGACAACGACGACCUGAAGGACGUCUGGGAGACGGACAUUGACCCGGACAUGCAAGAAGUAUUGGACGAGGACUCGGAGAUGAGCGACUGGAUGAUCCGGGACUCGAAGUCCGUGGUGGUGCUGCACGACCGGCUGAUGACGGACGCGGCCCUGGGCGCGGCUCCCAUAAAAACAGAACACUCCUACAGCCUACAUUCAGACGUCGAGUCUGCACCUUCUUCACCACACCACACCAAAGUCGAUGACAUGGAAGACGAGUGUUACCCAGCCAUGCCAGCGAGCGCGUGGAGCAGUCGGCGACGGUCCAGCGACUCCCCCGUGCGGGAGGUGAAGACCGAGCCAAAGUCGGAGCCAGAGUCCCCGGCCUCCUCCUGUCCACCGUCACCCACACCAGGCACUCCAGUCACACACCUCGACUAUGUCAUUGACCACACGACGGGCACCAUACACAUGCCGCCUGCAGUGCUACAGAAAGUAGGCGCGGCAGGCGUUCCACAACUACUGCUGAGUGCGGCGCCGCGGCUCGCCAACUCGCUCGGGUCCAACAAGCUGUCCAUCAAAGUAACCAGCUCAGCUUCAGGGUUCUCUCUCCCGCCCACGCCACCAUCAUCGCUAUCUUCGUCGGACAGCGAAGGGGCGCUGUCUCCCGCGCACGAGGCGGCAACCCCUGUGUCUGCAGCGGCGCCCGCGCGGCGGCCUCAUCUGUACGUGUCACACCACUCGCGGCAGCCAAUCAACACUCCGCUCAUUAGCAGCCAGCCGAAAGGUUCAACGGGCACUUUGGUACUCACAGAAGAGGAAAAGCGCACACUUCUUGCUGAAGGAUAUCCCGUUCCUACUCGUCUUCCACUGUCUAAAGCCGAGGAAAAAUCUCUUAAAAAGAUCCGAAGAAAAAUCAAAAAUAAGAUUUCUGCUCAAGAGAGCAGGCGCAAAAAGAAAGAGUACAUGGACCAGCUAGAGAGGAAGGUAGAAAUCCUGGUGUCAGAAAACUCAGACUACCGGAAAAGGGUGGACACCCUGGAGCAGAAGAACGCCAGCCUGCUCAGCCAGCUGGCGGCGCUGCAGGCGCUCGUGUCGCGCGGCAACAGGAAGUGACGCCAUUGCGCCGCGUGACGUCACACCGCCCCCACCUCGCGGACACAGGUCGCAUCCUCAUACGUCACUAUCAUGUAAUUAUAAACCGACCGAUUCACAGUAAACCUGAGAUCGGAUUUGUCGUUUUAAUUAUACAAAGGCUGUGAGAUAUUGUGGAAAAAGUGACAUUCUCACAGUUCGAUAGUUCGUUGGUAACGCAAAGACGCUAGUUCGGAGUGUAUAUUUUUAAUGUAUAUUUUGGAUGUAUUUACAUUUAGUAACGCGGCCGCCGUACCGGUUGUGCCAGGUACGGCGUUGAAUGGUUGCUCACUAUUAUAGUAAUAGGUUUCUGUGGUGCUCGAUUCGAUAUACCUGCUUGCGGUAUAGGUAUACCACUGUCAAGUGCCACGCUAGAUAUUUAUUUUUAAAGCUCUAAACAGUUCGCAUCAUCUGACGCGUGGGAGAUGACUCGAUGACAGGGAUAAUACUGGGCUCUAACAUAAGUAUCGAUAUAUUUUACGCGUGUUUAUUGAAAUCUCGUUAUAUAUUCUAAAUGUGCUGUAGAAGCGUUACAUAAUUUAAGUCUUUGUGCGUGUUUUUAUUAAAAUGUGCAAUUAGGUUAAGAAUCAUGAUUGUUACCCAUAAUAUACAAUGCCGUCGCAGGAUGCAAUUUAUCCUAAGCUACGGGAUUGGCGGCCUAAUAAAAAUUACGUGAAAUUAACAUCGAUGUGUUGACAAUUAGUAAUGACUGAACUACUUAUUUAGUUUUUUUUAAAUCCGGAAUCACGAAGAGGUGCAUUUAUUUAUGCAGAAAAUCUACAGUUGCUGCGGGUUCUUGUUACUGUUUUCUUGAAUAAUGCAGUCUACUCUAUUCUUAUAAUGCUAUUCUAAUAAUUUAUCUAAUAAUAUAACUAUCUUUGUUGAGCAUCAACUAAGUAUAUAGUUUUACUAAAGCCGCUAACUAUCUUAAUGAAACGACGACUCUCAGAGUACGGUUCAUGUACGAUUACAAAGUAGCAAUUUUUAUCUCUUACAGCGUACUUUACGCAAAGAUACAGGAAGUUAGCCUAAUUUUGUUAUUGAAAUUUCGAUAUUUUGGGAUUAAUUCCCACGACUUUCUAGCAUCUUUGUUUAAAUUAUGUUCAAGAACAGCGACGAACCUCUCGUGUCCUGAUAUUCCUGUAUCUUCACCAAACUGAUAUACUUACAAGUUGUCAUGUUGUGUGGUGUAUUGGAAAUCUUAUAGCAUAAUAUGUAAGGCCGGUAACUCUCGCCUUACCGUAUAUUAUUGAAUUCCAUGAAUUUGCAUUUAUAGCGAAAUGUGUAUCACCUAGAGAUUUUAUCUAUUUAAGAUAACCCUAGAUAUACGAAUCUAAUAGAGGACCUAUAUAAAGACCGAUUUGUAUGACAUAUGUAUAUCGGUCACGUCUAGUCUGUCGUAGAACCUAAUAGGUCUGUUGUCGGGGCCAGAAUAAAGAUGGCUGUUUUCAUGGAACUAUAAAGUAUUGUAACUAAAAAAACCACACCACUUAAAUACAAAAAAAAAACAGUCUCUUUCUAAAUAUCCUUAAUUGUUCGUUUCUUGUAAAGUUUAGUUUCCAGUUACAAUACUGCCAUGGUUGUAUUCAAUCUCAGUUUAGACCGCGCUCUGUAAUGACAAGUACAAAUAAUGGCAUGCCUUCGUAACGUAGCUAACAUUACCUAUUUUUAGGUCUAUCGUGCGCAAACAUUGAAAGGUUCAUAUCAAGAUAGCGCUAGAAAUGCGUUAAUCUAUUCUCUUCCAACAGGAAAUGUCUUAUAGCGAUAGAAAUAUUUUAUUAAAACAUUUUAUACUUCAAUGCCAUAAAUGUUACAAUAAUAUGUAUACCUAUUUUAAUAGUUUUCAUACACAGAAGAAAACCCACACGCCACCCGUAACAAAAAAAAACUGGCGAAACGUCAGAGCGCUACGUAUUUUAUAUCUUUUAA